AUGCUUGCGUUAUCGGCGCAUGGCCAGACCUCCUCAUCCCUUCGUUCUGCGGUUGAAGCUGCUUGGGCGCUGAGCCCGCAGGCGCAAUCGCUUACCAAUCGACAGGCGGAGCUGGACGCCCGCUCGCAGGCCGCAUCGUCGCUGAUCUCGGGUCCGCCCAGCAUUUCGCUGUCGCACCGCAGCGACCGGCCAGCCAAAAAUGGCGGGCUGCGCGAGUCUGAAGCUGCGCUGGCCUUCCCGAUCUGGUCGCCGGGUGUUCGCUCUGCCACGUCUGCAGCCGUACAAGCCGACCGGCAGGCCUUUGACCAGGAGCUGGUGAUGGCCAAAAUCAGGCUGGCGGCCGAGGUGCGCGACCUUGCCGCACAGGCGGCGCUGGCGCGCAACGAGGCGCUGGUGGCCCAGCGCAAACAGCAGGAGGCGGCGCUGCUGGCCCGUGACGUAGAGCGCAGGGUCAAGGCAGGUGAGGUGGCGCGGCUGGACCUGCUGCAGGCGCAAGCCUUUCAACGGCAGGCUGCGGCUGUGGAGGCCCAAGCUGAAAGCGCCACGGCCAGAGUAGCAGGGCAGUGGCGUGCGCUGACCGGGCUGGCAGACAUCGCGGAGCUGGACGAGGCCACAGGUGUGGGCCGCGAAAGCCCGGCCAUCUUGGCGGCAGACAGCCGUUUGCGUGCCGCGCAGGCCAGGCUGGCAUUGACCGAGAAAGACAGGCGCGACCCCAUAGAAGUCGGUGUAGGUGUGACGCGUGAGCGGCCCGCCUUUGGUGCGGCCAGCGAUACCGCCUUCAAGGUCACCUUGCGUGUUCCCUUUGGCACUUACGGCCGCAACGCGCCAAGGCUGGCCGCGGCAAGGGCAGAGCUGGAUGCCGCGCAGGCCGAUGCACUGUCUGUGGCGCGCACCGUCAAGGCCGACCAGGAAAGCGCAGGGACUGAACUUGAAGCCGCGCGUCGCGCCGAGCUGCUUGCCGCUGAAAGGUCACGUCUGAGUACAGAAGCACAAACCCUGAUCGUCAAGUCAUACCGACUCGGCGAGAGCGACCUUCCGACCCGUCUGCGUACCGACAACGAACGCUUUGACGCAGAACUUGCCCAUGCUCGUGCCCGUGUGGAAACACGCCGUGCCAUCUCAAAACUCAACCAGGCCUUUGGAAUACUCCCAUGA